UCCACGCUGACUGAUGCUCAGCAACCCUGAUCAGGCGUUUACAUUUUGCAGGUUUUACGUGCAAAACAAUGAGGGCCUUUAUUUCGACAGUGACAGUGUUGUGGGUGAUGACAAUACCCUGCAUGGAAGCUAUCCACGGAUUGUACAAUUUCGGACAGCAUGAGUUAUUCUACAAAAAGAGCAACUGCAAGCCGAUUCCGGCCAAUCUCCUCCUGUGCAACGACAUAGAGUACACGGAGAUGCGCCUGCCGAACCUGCUCGGACACGAAACCAUGAAUGAAGUUCUGCAGCAAGCUUCGUCUUGGAUCCCUCUGGUCCAGAAGCAAUGUCACCCCGACACGAGGAAGUUCCUGUGCUCCCUUUUCGCUCCCGUCUGUCUGGACGAUUUGGACGAGCCCAUACAGCCGUGCAGGUCUCUGUGCGAGAGCGUCAAGAACGGCUGCGAGCCCGUGAUGUCCGCGUUCGGCUUCCCUUGGCCAAAGAUGUUGGACUGCGACCGUUUCCCACUCGACAAUGACCUGUGCAUACCGCCUGCAGGCAUCGACAACUUUGUGCCAGCCACCAAAGAAGUGCCCAGGGUGUGUGACGCGUGCAAGGAAACGGAUGAAAAUGACAACGAAAUUGUUGACAACCUGUGUAAGAAUGACUUUGCUCUGAAGAUCAAAGUUAAAGAGAUCUCCUACAUCAACGGGGACACCAAGAUAGUGCCGGAGAACAAGAGCAAGACCAUUUACAAGCUGAACGGCGUGACGGAGCGUGACCUGAGGAAGACGGUGCUGUGGCUGAAGGACGGCCUGCAGUGCAUCUGUGAGGAGAUGAACGACAUCCACGCUGCCUACCUGGUCAUGGGCCAGAAGAUGGACGGCCAUCUCGUCAUCACCUCGCUGAAGCGCUGGCAGAAGGGACAGCGAGAGUUUAAGAGGAUUUCCCGCAGCAUCCGCAAGCUGCAGUGCUAGGAAGCACCAGUUGUCUCAAAAGUUGCUAUUAUGGUUCAUAGAUUCCUAGAUUCCAGCAAAGAUGUUUCUUUGUUCCACUUCCAAAAAAUUGGCAAUAUAAAGCAUGUCUGCUAGCUAAAAAAAAACCUCUACAAUUAAAAUUCUUUUGGAUUUUCAUGUUCCGAAAGGUGACAUGCUGAUACAUUCAAGCUACAUUCACCAUUGAGGACACAGUAUUCUUAAUCUUUAAGUGGCUAAAUCACACAGAUUGGCCAUGUCUUCUUCUGAGCAGGGCACACAUUUACAUCUGGCACAGAAGUGAGUAUGGUGUAGGAGAAAAAAAAGUCCCUUAAAUUGUAGUAAUAUGAGAUUUUUGUUUUCAUCCAUUGACUCCCAUUCAUUUUGCACUUAGUGAGUAGUGAGCGACCCCCAGUGGCCCGUAUUAAAAGUGGCGCGUCCUCUCCUGGGGAGCUGCCUUUGCUGUCACCUCCUUAAUUGCACUCAGCUAGCAUCCAAGGUGUAAAGGAUCACUAACUACAUGGUUAGAGGGAAAACUAGCUGAGUUUUGAAUUCAGGAUUAAAAAACGAUUGGCAGAUGUGGCUUACUAUUAAUUCCUGCGUUCCGGGGGUGAGUUUAAAACGUUUUCUUCCCUGGGAUUUUUUUUCAUCAUAACCUAAAGAUGAAACUUUUUUUAUUUUUUUAUGGGGACUUCCUCAAACAAGAUGAAAUCAUCAGCAGUUGUUUGUUAAGGAUCAUGUAAAACUCCUAAAAGGAACAAAUGACAUCACAAGGGUCAAAGGCCUUAAAUGAUUAAACAACUAUGAGUUUGAAGUCAUAGUUCUACAUAAAUAGUUAAUGAUUCAUAUUGUGUGCUGCAUAGUAAGUGACGUUGUGAUCCCAGUGUGUGUAGUGUGAUGUUCAAAGACAAAUAUAAUGUUAGUGUUUUUGUAUUCCUACCGUUUUCUCAAGCAAAAAACGAGAGAUAGCUGGCUAUAUUCUCUUCCUGUUCAUUUUAAUACUCUUGGUAAUAUUUUUGUACUUGAGUCCCUGCAUACUUAUCUACCCCAGUAUGAUAAAACUUAAUAUUUUUCUACUCCAGGCUUUCAUAUUUCAGUUAAACGUUUAUGUUGAGUUUGGGUUUGCUUCUUCACACUGUUGUUUGAUGAGUGACACAAGUUGUUAUUUCGGUUUUAUUAGAGGAUGAAUAUCUGAGUUUUGGUUGGUAGCGUUGAUUUGAUGAGCAGUAACUUGUUAGGCGCAUGUAAUCGAGUGGCCCUGCGUGCGUG